AUGUGGCUGUACCGGGCCUACAGCGGGAACCUGUACCACAACGGAGAGCAGACCCUCACCCUCUCCUCCUUCACCCAGGAGACUACAUCACCUAGACACCAGAGUGCCCCCCCUAGAGGCACCAGAGUUCCCCCUAGAGACACCAGAGUUCCCCCCCCCAGAGACACCAGAGUGCCCCCCCAGAGACACCAGAGUGCCCACCCCCAGAGACACCAGAGUGCCCACCCCCAGAGACACCAGAGUGCCCACCCCCCAGAGACACCAGAGUGCCCCCCCAGAGACACCAGAGUUCCCUCCAGAGACACCAGAAGACACCAGAGUGCCCCCCUAGAGACACCAGAGUUCCCCCCCCAGAGACACCAGAGUGCCCCCCCCCAGAGACACCAGAGUGCCCCCCCCAGAGACACCAGAGUGCCCACCCCCCAGAGACACCAGAGUGCCCACCCCCAGAGACACCAGAGUGCCCACCCCCCAGAGACACCAGAGUGCCCACCCCCCAGAGACACCAGAGUGCCCACCCCCAGAGACACCAGAGUGCCCCCCACCCCCUACAGAGACACCAGAGAGCCCCCUAGAGACGCCAGAAGACACCAGAGUGCCCCCCUAGAGGCACCAGAGUUCCCCCUAGAGACACCAGAGUUCCCCCCAGAGACACCAGAGUGCCCCCAGAGACACCAGAGUGCCCACCCCCAGAGACACCAGAGUGCCCACCCCCCAGAGACACCAGAGUGCCCACCCCCCAGAGACACCAGAGUGCCCCCCCAGAGACACCAGAGUUCCCCCUCCAGAGACACCAGAAGACACCAGAGUGCCCCCCACCCACCCUCUAGAGACACCAGAGUGCCCCCUAGAGACACCAGAGUGCCCCCCCCCCAGAGACACCAGAGUGCCCACCCCCAGAGACACCAGAGUGCCCACCCCCAGAGACACCAGAGUGCCCACCCCCAGAGACACCAGAGUGCCCCCCACCCCCAGAGACACCAGAGAGCCCCCCUAGAGACGCCCAGAAGACACCAGAGUCCCCCCAGAGACACCAGAGAGCCCCCUAGAGACACCAGAGGGCCCCCUCUAGAGACACCAGAGUGCCCCCCCCCAGAGACACCAGAGUGCCCCGAGACACCAGAGUGCCCACCCCCUCUAGAGACACCAGAGUGCCCCCUCCCCCAGAGACACCAGAGUGCCCCCACCCCCUAG